UUGUGUGCAUAAAAGUAUUUGUUAUUUACUUUUAUAAAUUUUCAUGCUACAUAGUAGACACAUGUCUCCAAAGAAAGCCCCAAAAGACAGCUAAACUUUUUAAUUUGUUUAUUUGUUCAAGGCAAAAAAUAAACGAUCAUGGCUAAGAAAAGGAAGCACAAGUCGACAAGAGGCCGUCAUCGAACGAUUUCAGAAAUAAAAGAGGAGCAAUCCCGAACGCUGUACGUUCGUCUGGCCAAGACAAUAAAAAGUGUCGACGAAAUCAAUGAACUGUUUGUAGGUGAUUUCACAGUUAAGCUCCCCAGACAGUCAACCAGGUAUUGUCAUGUAAUUUUUCCAAGUGUUGAAGAAAAGUUGAAAAAUUUAAAGUUGGUAAAAGAGAAGGUUGUAAAUGGAAAGCCGGUUCAUGCUUCCACGCCCAGGCCAAUAAAUUUAGAGAAGCCAAAGAAACCAAAAAAAAUUAAGAUCCCUGACCCAAAAGAGAAACCCAGGGUUCCACUAUAUUUACUCAUAUCAAAGAUACCUCCAGGCACUAAAGCUUCUGAGAUUAAAGCUGCAUUUUCUGGUUCUGUAACUGUUGUUUUGUUAAAAGGAUUAGUCGGUAACACAAGGCAAGCUAAAGUGAAAAUGUCUUCUCCUGAUUUGUGCACGUACUAUGUUAAACGUAAGUCAGAGUGGCCUGUCUUUAAAGGAAAAAAGGUCAAAGUAUCAUAUGAUGAGCCCAAACGUAGAUCGAGAAGAGCUUCAAAAUCUUUAAAAAUAUACAACGGAGAGAGUGAAAAAAAGGAUGAUAAAAAAUCUGUCAAUAAAGAUGAUAAAAAGCUUAAAAAUAAAGAAAAUGGAAAAUCGGACAAUUGUGACAAAGAACAGUCGAGUAACGAUGAAGAAAUCGAUAGUGCAGAUGAAAGUGAAGAAGACAAUGAAGUAAGUGAGGACGAUGAUGAGAACCAAGAACAAGGGGACGAGGAGUCGGAAGAGGAGGAGGAGGAGUCGAGUGAUUAG